UCUAUCCUCUGCAUCUCUCUAUCUCACUCGCUAUAUAUAGUUAACACACAUGCCACUAACCGGAUACAAAGAACUCACUUCCUCCAUUAAAAAGCUUUUCUUCGUUAAGAAGAAGGAGAAAAUAACGUAACAGAAGUUUAUCAUCAUCAUCAUCAUCAUCAUCACCAUGUCUAUUUCUUCCGACAACAAUAGCGUACCAAGACUUGUAAUCAAGAAAGUUCUAGCAAAGCUUCAGAAGGAAGGUGAAGGCGCUAUCGUUAGAAACGGCAUCACAGAGAUUGACCAGAAGUUACUGGACCCGUUCGUGUUGCUAGUUGAAUUUUCCCUUUCACUCUCAGCUGGAUUCCCAGAUCAUCCUCACAGAGGUUUUGAAAGUGUUACAUACAUGCUACAAGGAGGUAUCAUUCACAAAGAUCCCAAAGGUCAUAAAGGUACAAUCCAAGCCGGAGAUGUUCAGUGGAUGACAGCAGGAAGAGGAAUCAUUCAUUCCGAAUUUCCGGAAGAAGAAGUCAACAAUGGUUUUCAGCUUUGGAUCAAUCUCCCUUCCACGGACAAAAUGAUUGAACCAAAAUAUAAAGAACUCUCAAGUUCAGACAUCCUGCGAGCAGAAGAAAAAGGAGUAGAAGUCAAAGUCAUAGCCGGAGAUUCAAUGGGAAUCAAAUCUCCAGUCUACACAAGAACACCAACAAUGUUCCUUGACUUUACCCUCAAGCCAGGAUCUCAAACCCACCAGACCGUUCCAGAAUCAUGGACCACUUUCGCCUACAUUAUAGAAGGCGAUGAGGGUGUGUUCGGUUCGUUGAACUCUUCCGCUAUAUCCGCGCAUCAUGUUGUUGUGUUUGGACCAGGGGAUUUAGUUAGCGUGUGGAACAAGUCAACUUCGAGGUCGUUGAGGUUUCUGUUGAUUGCAGGGGAACCGAUCGGUGAGCCUGUGGUUCAGUGUGGUCCGUUUGUGAUGAAUUCGCAGGCGGAGAUCGAUAUCGCUUUUGAUGACUAUCAGAAUGCUAAGAACGGGUUUGAAAUGGCCAAGUGUUAGAGGUCACAGUGAAAAGAGUUUGUAAACAAAAACCAUAUAGGUUCUUUUGGGUUUUGUUUUCUUUAUUUCACAUUCAAGAUGAGAUCAAUGUUAGGGGCUAUAAUAACAAUCCUCUCUUUCAGACAGUCGAUUAGACUCGAGAUUGUAUUACACCAUUCAGCUUUGAUUACAAAUGGAUCAGAGAAAGCUUGAGACAAAUAGAAACAUGUUCACAA